UUGUUGAGAAGAUGAACUAACACAAUUUUUUCCUACCAAAGCCUAAUUCUCCUAUUUUUAAUUUCUACCAAACAUCUAUAUAAACUUGUUUGAAGUGAAACAUAAAGCAUAAUCAAUCAAAGCAUAAAUUACUAGUCUUGAAGCAUUUAUCACCUUUCAACAAAUAUGGCUCAUUACUACAACCCAUCUUUUUUCUUCUUAUUAUUCGUCACUUCGUUUUUAACAAGUGAUUAUGUAAUUCGAUCAGACGCUCGUCAUCUUCUUGAAAUAACUCUGCCUAAGCUUCCUAAGCCCGAAUUGCCACAUUUACCUGAAAUUCCAACUUUGCCUAAGCCCGAGUUCCCUGAAAUUCCAAAACCCGAGCUACCAACUCUACCAAAGCCCGAAUUGCCAAAAAUACCAAAGCCUGAGUUCCCAACAUUGCCAAAGCCUGAACUUCCAGCAUUGCCAAAACUCGAGAUACCUGUUAUUCCUAAGCCUGAAUUACCAAUUUUUCCAAAGCUAGAUAUCCCUCAAGUACCUAAAAAGCCUUGAGCGCGAGGCGUAUAAAAUCAUCUUUGCUUCGUUGAAGCAACAUUGUUAUAUAUAUAUAUAUAUAUGUAUGCAUGCAUGUUUUUUUAUAUCUUGUGCUAGAAUCAUUUGAAGCUUCCCUUUUGGAAGAUAUAUAUUUAUGUGAUUCUUCUAUAUAUCAUCAGUUGUUUUGUGUUUCUUUGGUGUUACAUGUAUUUUUGUAUACAAUAAAUAUUGAAUGUUUAAUUUUAGGAA